AUGGCUGAAUCUUCAGAGACACCACCAGAUAAUCUGACUAACAAUUCAAAUCUUGUCGCAACAAUUCAUCCAGCCGCCAAGCUAGGUGGUCGUGGUACACCUCGUCGUAAAGUACGUCGCUCAAUUACUACAGGUCAUGCUGCCAUUGUUGCUGCACGAGCGCUAGAAAACAAGCUCAAACCAUUUCGUACUCAAUAUCAAUUGUAUGAUCACCAAGAACUGUGCGAUGUAGCUAUUCUCUAUGAUGAUGGUCGUGUUGAUACACAGAAUCAAGUUUGUAUCCAUUCAACACGAUCGAUGACGAUUCAUGAAAUUGGUUCAUCGGAAACCGGUACACAAACAUCUCACGUUGAUGACUUGGACUCAUCAACUUCCACAUAUCUAUUCGGUAAUAUGAAUACAACUAGAACAACAACAUCUUCGCCUGCUCAACCGAUAAGUACCACAAAUUACUAUAAUAGUCUUCAACAACAGCAGUUCUACACGCAUGCAUCUCCUUAUUAUAUGACACCGAAUAAUUAUCAACCAAAUCCAUAUGCAUAUAAUUCUUUUGAAACUUAUUCACAAAAUCUACAUGAAGUAUACGGUGGUGUUAAUGAGCAAUCGGAUGCUGAAGUUGAGGAUGAGGACGAAGAAGACGAAGAAGGAAUAUCCUCAGUACCAGCUAAAUCGAAAAGAAGGAGACGAAAACGUAAACAUGCCAAAACAACACUAGAGCAAUCUGUACCAACGAAUUCGUCGAAAGAAAAACAAGCAGAAGAAGACGAUGACGAUGAUGAUAAUGAAGAAGAAGUACAGAUUGCAACUGAGAAAUCAGUUAAACAUCUCGAGAAUGAUGAAAAUCUGUCAACGAAAACAAAACGUAAACGUCGAAGAAUACGUAAGUCAAAAAAGUCGUCAAUCACCGGUGAACAAACGCAAUCUUCUACUACAAUUAAACAGCCGAAUACAGAUGCGUUAGAACCUUUGCCCGAUGAACAGAACUUCAUGGAACCUAGCUCGACACCAUCGACGCCGACUGCGCAACAUAUCACGCCAUACACAACAUACGUUGGACUUGAGAAAGAACAACCGUCGAUCUCGUCUACGACUGGCAGACAUGAGAAGGAGAAUUUCUCUCAUGAAGAUGCUCUGAACGUUCUACAGAACGAUCAAAAGAAAAAAGAAAUUGACUCAAGCAACGCUUUGUCAAGACCUACGCACACUCAUGUUAACCAUAAUAGUAGUCCAACUAUACUCGUUCCUACCAAGUCUACCAACAAUAAUGCAGCAAAAACUCAAGAUAGAACAGACCAAAUUGUCAAUUCUAAGACAUCGACUACACUCCAAAGCAGCAAAAAUAUACCUGUAAUUAUCAUCGAACCUGAUGACGAAACAAUUGAACAAAACAAUUUAAAUGAGAAAGCCAAUUCAAAGGGUAUAUCUGAUAGCACAAAAUUACCUUUAUCCACAAUCAAUUCCGAUAUGAAUAACAAAAACGGUGAUGGAUCUUCACAGUCAAUAGGAACUAGCUCACAUCAUUCAACUGCUACAUCAAAGGAUGUAUCCAUUGGCGACAUUCUAUCGAAGGAGGGAAAGUAUGCAUCAGUCAGCUUUCCUGACGAACCACGUCGUCAUACAAUCUCCCAUGUUGCACCUUCCACUGCGGAUAAUGCAUUCAAAAGACAAAUGAAAGGUGAUCUUAGUACACAAAUCGCAUCCAAUACUAGUGCAAAAUCAAGCAUAACACAUCUCAAUCCGGAUGCACCUGAUUUCAAACCAGCGGAUUCGAUAUCAUCCUAUCAUUCUGAAUUAGCACCUGCGCAUACACAACGACGUGCAACACAUGGAGAAUUGCAUCACGACCGUCUCGCUCGUCCACGUAAUCAUUCUGAUACACACAAUCGAGAAAGUUUAACAAAUAUACAACCGCUAUUAUCCAUUGUACCACAAUACGUUCCAUACCAUCGCAAAUCAUGGAGUACACCAUCGACAGAUUCGCGACGAUCAUCACAAACAUAUCCACCUUUGAUGCCUCAACCGUUACUAUCUGAUGAAGAAAACAUUCUACAAAAACAAGUGGCAAAACGACCUCGUGCUCAGUCAGGUCGAGGUCCAAUGCUAUCAUUAACUCCACCAACAGUUACUCGACAACGAUCGCACUCUGGCCCUGAACCAUCAAUUCAAGUGCCACCAUCACACCUUAGCGGCAUUCAUUCGUUAACAAGGAUUAUGGUUGAUAUCUUACGGUUGAUUACACCAAUAUCGGAACAACAACAGAAUACUGAGAUGAUUUCAUCGGCAAAUAAUGCUUUUAAUUCUUCAUUACAACCAUCCAACUCGAAAAGCAGCAAUGGAAACAUUUCUCUCGAUGAAGAUAAGUGUACAACACCUUCGUCGUUAUUAUUAUUAUCGAACGAUAAACCCACAGGUAAUGUCGUGAACGAAGAUGAAAACUCGUCAACAAAUUUCAAUAUUAAUGAAGCAGAACCAAAUUUAUCGUUGAUUUCAAUCGAAAGAAAUGAAAACAAUCGUCCAUCGACGUUUGAUGCACCGUCUUAUGAAAAUAUUGCACAUGACGAAAGAAUAAACGCAAUCAACGAAUCUGCCCUAGGUACGCCUGAUGCUCGAGCAGCUAAUUGA